AUGGAGUCCUGUAAUUUGGAGAACUUGAAUAUACAUGCCAGUGCGCGCGAAGUCGAAUACUAUCGUGAACCGUUCGAGAUUUGGUGUAUUACGCGGAAGGGACUCGAUGAAGAACGUAAAACGGCUUAUUUCCUAACGGUCAUCGGGAAGGAUGCAUACUCAUUGUUGAAGAAUAUGGCAUUUCCUGACUCCCCUAUAUCGUUAUCAUAUGAAUCCCUGAAAACAUUGCUGCUGAAGCAUCUACAGCCGGCUAAUUUCGAAACUGCUGAACGAGCCAAAUUUCAUUCACUCACCCGUGGUGAAUGCCAACCUGUAUGUGACUUUAUUCUUCAGCUUCAGACUCAAGUAUCUCGUUGCAACUUCGGAAAUCAAUUGCAAACCCAGUUACGUGAUCGAUUAAUUGCCGGUAUUAUUUGA